AUGCACAUUGUCUUUCCUGGUAGAGACGCUGGACCCCGGGUCACAGUCCUCUGUCGCAGCCAAGCUCUGCCGACAGUCACCAGCGCGAAGUACCUUGGCGUCAUCAUUGACGAGGGGCUGAACUUUCAGCAACACCUGAAAGCCAUUACAGCAAAGGUGUCCCGCAAAGUAGGUGCCCUCUGGCGGACUCGGAGAUGCUUGAGCCUGGCGGCCCGAGUCACCUACUUGAAGUCCGUGGUGAUGCCGGAUCUGACCUACGCAUCAAGUUGUUUCUUGUUCUGUCUAACUGCCCAGCAAGCAACGGAUCUCCAGACGCUGGAGAACAAAGCGGUUCGCGCAGUUUUUGGCGCUCGGCCAUACGACUCUGCUCAACCUCUGCUCCAACGGGUGGAACUCUACCGAAUCUCAGAGUUGCACAAGCAAAAGGCGCUAUUGCUCACCUGGCGAUGCAUCCACGGCAUUGCGGGGAACCGGCUCUGUGGACUGAUUUCAAGGUCACCAGAUCGGCGUACCCGCUUGCAGAAGGACAUCGGAGCGCACAUACCACCCGCCGCAAGCCGCGCUGGUCAGGCAAGGUUCUCUGUUGCCGCUCCCAAGCUGUGGAACGCACUACCCAGCGACAUCCGCACCAUCCCCCAACGCAGUGUGUUCAAGAUGUCAGUCAUCCCACAUACGCUCGCUCCUUGA